AUGGGCAUUGCUCACAGAAGUGCGAUCUCGAUUCAGGUUGAUGUUGUCAUUUUGGAAGUGGGCAUGGGAGGCACCUACGACUGUACUAACUUGGUGAGACGUCCAACUGUCACUGGAAUUAACCUAGUGGACUUUGAUCAUACUCAAAUAUUGGGAAACACGCUAGAUAAAAUAGCUUGGCAUAAAGCCGGUAUAUGCAAGCCGGGUCGACCAGCUUUUACAGUCCCACAGUCAAAAGAAGCCACCGAUACUAUAAUUGCAAGAGCAAAAGAACUACACGCACCACUUCAAAUCGUACCUGAGUUGGGUGACUACGAUUGGCAAGAACAAGCUAUAGAGCUAGGUAUACAAGGAGAGCAUCAACACAGAAAUGCAUCAUUAGCAAUACAGUUAUGCCGUACAUGGAUCGAAGAGCAUGAAGCAAAUAUCCUUGGUAGAAAAACAGAUUUCGAAAUAGUUCACACCGACAUCGUGGAUACCUUAACAGCCCCAGCAUUCAAGUUACCAGACACCUUUAAAAAUGGACUACGAAACUGUUUCUGGCCAGCACGUUCACAGAUCAUAAAACGUGAAAAUGUUACAUACUAUAUGGAUGGGGCACAUACACAACUUAGUACCAGAAGCUGUAUCAAAUGGUUCGAACAAGCAACAGAACAAGAAAAACAAUUGCUAGGAAGCCGUUGUGUGAGAGUGUUGAUGUACAAUGUAACCAAAGGGCGUGAUGCAAAAAUGUUGAUGGAGGACCUCGUUUGUUGUAAUUUUUCAGCAGCUGCCUUCUGCCCAAAUAUCACUAAUAGUGAGCCAGGACAUAUUACUGUUGGUAGGCAAUUACUCUGUGAGGAACAUUACAGUUUCACAAUAUCAUCUCAAAUUUUACCCAUUUAA